GAUGCCCCAGACGAGCAGCGAAUUGCAGCCGUCACGCUGGCGCAGCAGCGCCUCGAUCUCUGCAGCGAGGACAAGGUUGAUGCUGCCAGGGUGGCGCCGAAGCUGAAGAAGAAGAAGGACCCAGAUGAGUUCGGUGAGCUCUUGGUGCGAAACUAUGCAGCUGGAACAAGCAGCGCGGGCAAUGUUCAACAGCUGGCAUCGGGCGCGGUUUCGUGGUGUCAGGCUAUGGGUGGCAACGUAGAAGCAAAAGAUCUGGUGGGGAAGAUCUCCAAAAUUGCAGCCUGUGGCAAGCAUCCACAAAAUGCUGAAAGAGACCUUCAGAACACUAUCAGGUCUUUUGGAAAAUCUAUGGGCAUCAAGAUCGAUAACGCCCCCGUGAGGAUGUUUGACCCUUCAACUGAAGCCAUCUUCGAAACCAACAUUCCUGUCUUGUGCCCAGUGUCGCUGGCAGAAGCAAUCUGGAAACUCGGCGCUGAUGUCUUCGAAGCGGUUUUCCUUGGCAAGGAGGGCCCGUCUGGUGCGGAAAAGUUCUGGAAGAACGCAAAGCAGAAUGCUUCGUGGUUUCAAGCGAACACCAUAGCAGAACGCGCCUACCGUGGACUCAUCCCCACCUACCUGUACGGGGACGAUGUUGAAGCCUAUCGGAACUCGGAUCCCGGGGCAAUCUCUGCCAUUGGGUGGGGUUCUGAUUUUGGCAACAAGAACGAAGCCAUGCUACAGACAUUCCUUCUGACUGUCUACGCUGAAUACACUGCUUGUGAAUUCACCCACAAUGACAUCGUGGAGUUUAUCAUGGCGAAGUUCAAGCACAUGGCCGACGUUAAUGCGGAGGAUGUAAGGGAAACCUUUACUGACUUCAGGGAGAAUUCCAUCCACAGAUCAACGGGCCGGGUGAGCACUGCAGACUACAUGUCAAACAAAGCGCUGGAGGACCUCCCACUGCCAAUGCUGCACGGCGUGGCAUUGUCUCGAUUCUUGCACGAUACGACGCACAGCCAGUUGCUGGGAACGUCCAAGGUUCUCAACGGAAGCAUCUUGACCUAUCUUGUGGAAAGUGGCAUGUACGGACCCCUGCCAGACAGAGGUUUCUACGAGCACAACAUGAACUCGCUGUUGCGUUUUGCCUUCUUAGACUUCAAAACCUGGCUGCGCCUGAACCAGCUGAAAGCUACGCAGCCCCGGUUCACACCCUCCCGGCUGAAUCGGAAGCACCGCGGGAUGUAUCCAUGCUUAGCAGGAAAGGCCGUGAACGGCAAGCGCGUUAGCUUUUGGCUUGCGCAACGGAGCAUGGAGUGGGGCGAGCGCGUUGGUGCAACAGCUGUGGAUAAGGAGAUCGCAAUUUGCAUGUGGGCAUACUGCUCAAUGCUGCGAGCGUUCGAUCAAUCUGGAUUGGUGUGCUCUCGCGAAGAAGCUGAUUUGAUGUACGAGCAUGGGAACCUGUUCUUGCUCUCCUAUGCCCACCUUCGUGCCCGUAGCGCGCUCAGAAGCGGUGAUCAGCAGGACGCUGCCAGCAGCGAAGAGUAA